UUUUUGCUGGAGAAAAUUCAAACGUUGAUAAGAAAUCCGACUUAUCCGAGUUUUCAGAUCAUAAUUUGCGAUUAUUUUCAAUCAAUUAAUAAUUAAUUAAUAGUAAUAAUUAUGAAAUAACUUACGUGUCAUGUUGAACGUGCGCCGUAGAAUGUAGUUUCAUAUACAUUCAUUGCUAAAAACUUCACCGGUACGUUUCCUUUUGAAAAGAUGAAGCUGAAAUUCUCUGGCCAAGUAUGGAAAAUCGCCGGAGCUGUCACAUUCUACUGGGUGGUUUCAAUCACCACAGUGUUCGUGAACAAAGUACUCCUCAGCAGCAACAUGGUUCAGUUCGAUGCUCCUUUAUUCAUUACAUGGUUCCAGUGUCUAGUUUCAGUUCUAUACUAUGGCGCUUAUAAUCUUAUCCGAAGAGAGAAACUAGAGUCAUCGGCAUUCGACAUCAAGAUUAUCAAAGCAGUUUUCCCUCUAUCAAUAAUCUUCGCUAGUAUGAUCAUCUUUAAUAAUUUAUGCUUAAAACACGUCGACGUAUCAUUUUAUUACAUUGGUAGAUCUCUAACUACAGUCUUCAAUGUAAUGUUGACGUACUUAGUCUUAGGUGAAACAACUUCGAUGAAAACUUGUUUCUGUUGUUUAUUAAUCGUUUUCGGAUUUUGGUUAGGAGUUGAUCAAGAGCAUUUUAUAGGAACAUUCUCUCUUCUUGGGACAAUAUAUGGAAUUCUAGGAUCUCUUUCUGUAGCUUAUUAUGCUAUUAAAGUUAAGGAAGUUUUACCACGUAUUGAUUCUACGAUUUGGUUAUUAUCUUACUAUAAUAAUAUUUAUUCUUGCUUUCUUUUUUUACCUUUGAUUAUAUUUUGUAAUGAAAUCCCAGUCAUUUAUAAUUACAGGCAGAUAACUAGUUUUUACUUCUGGACAUUAAUGUUCAGUAGUGGGCUUUGCGGUUUAUGUAUAGGUUACGCUACAACUUUACAAAUCAAAGUCACUUCACCUCUAACCCACAACAUUUCUGGUACUGCCAAAGCAUGCGUUCAAACAAUCAUAGCUUCGUAUUAUUAUACCGAAACUAAACCAUGGCUGUGGUGGUUAUCUAAUUGGAUCGUAUUGCUGGGAAGUGCUUGUUAUACUAGAGUAAAACAAAAAGAAUUGGAUAGAAAAGCUUCGUUUCAACAAUUUAAAUAAUACGAAUACUUAUAAUACGAAUUUGUAGAAGAUAAUAUUGCACAAAUGAGUAAAUUAUGGGUUGUGUGUCAUUUCUUCAUGUUGGAGUACCUACGUGAACAAUUUUUUUGAAGUGUCUUGUCUUCAGAAAUCGAAGAAAAAUUUUCCUAGUUGUGCAAUUACCUUCCACCAUUCUAUUCUACUUAUGAUGUAAUUUGUAAUUUCACGCAGGAUAAUGGAACGCAUAAAUGCAUUCAUUAUUAUUUUUUCAAGUUUUUUAAAAAAUAUUUGCUUUGUUUGUUGUAUCUUUAUUUUUUUCCCCUCAAAUUUCAAUUUAGAGUUGAAAUAUGUUGAACAUGUUUUUUUUUUUUUAUUAGUAAUUUAUUGUAACUUACGCAUUUCUGCGUUACCUUGAGUUAUGUUGAACAAUUUUACUUGCCUACUGUGAUUCUUACUUUAACGUUUUUCUUUUUGCUUAGUUGAUCCACUCAAUGUUCUGUUUUCUUUUCAAAGAAUUUCAUCAUGUUGAGAAUUUUGAAUUAUUGAAAGUGUACUUCUGUCUUCUACAUUGAUUAAAUACUUACUUGUUUUUUCCUUAUUUCGUUCAUUCAGAAUUACAUACUCAUCGUGUUUAAUUUUUACUUGAAUAAAAGAACUUCUAUCGAAAAUAUAUAGUUGGUUGAAUUA